CUCAUCAUUGCAAAUACACCAAUUUGCAGUUCUGAAGAAUUGAUUCGUGUUGUUUGCCUAUUUUCGGCGGUGAACUAAAUAUAUUUAUUCCCUUUAAUUCUAUAAAAUCUUGAAUAGAAAUGGCUGACGUGCUAGAUAUUGAUAACGCCGAGGAGUUUGAGGUGGAUGAGGACGGUGAUCAGGGCAUUGUUCGCCUAAAGGAGAAAGUCAAGCACCGCAAAGGUCGCGGUUUUGGUAGCGAAAGCAAUUCCCGCGAGCCAAUACAGAGCUAUGAACGCGUCCGCCAUGAAGACGACGACGAAUUGGAGCCGGGUCCACAACGUUCCGUUGAGGGUUGGAUUUUAUUUGUUACCUCAAUACAUGAGGAAGCGCAAGAGGAUGAUAUCCAAGAGAAAUUUUGCGAGUUUGGCGACAUCAAAAACAUACACUUGAAUUUGGAUCGUCGCACUGGUUUCUCAAAGGGUUAUGCGCUAGUAGAAUACGAAACUCACAAACAAGCACUUGCUGCAAAAGAAGCACUCCAUGGCACGGAAAUCAUGGGACAAGUAAUACAGGUGGACUGGUGUUUCGUAAAAGGACCGAAACGGAUGAAGAAAUCUGAAAAGCGCAGGAGAUAAAUACUGCAGAAAAAAAACAAAAUGCGUGCAAG